CUGUUCCUUGGUCCAGCUGUGUCCUCACCAUCUUCUCUCCUUGGUGCAGGCAUCUUUAGUGUCUGCAGUCUCUGGUCAUCUCCUGUACUAUCUCUGCAGUCUCUGGUCAUCUCCUGUACCGUGUCCGCAGUCUCUGGUCGUCUCCUGUACCGUGUCCGCAGUCUCUGGUCGUCUCCUGUACCGUGUCCGCAGUCUCUGGUCCUCUCCUGUACCGUGUCCGCAGUCUCUGGUCCUCUCCUCUACCGUGUCCGCAGUCUCUGGUCCUCUACCGUGUCCGCAGUCUCUGGUCCUCUCCUGUACCGUGUCCGCAGUCUCUGGUCCUCUCCUGUACAGUGUGUCCGCAGUCUCUGGUCCUCUCCUGUACCGUGUCCGCAGUCUCUGGUCGUCUCCUGUACCGUGUCCGCAGUCUCUGGUCGUCUCUGUACCGUGUCCGCAGUCUCUGGUCGUCUCCUGUACCGUGUCCGCAGUCUCUGGUCGUCUCCUGUACCGUGUCCGCAGUCUCUGGUCGUCUCCUGUACCGUGUCCGCAGUCUCUGGUCGUCUCCUGUACCGUGUCCGCAGUCUCUGGUCGUCUCCUGUACCGUGUCCGCAGUCUCUGGUCGUCUCC